ACGCACUUCGCACAUCAGCUGACUGGUCCAAAGAUAACACCCACUUUCCUGCGAGCCCUUAACGAGACCACUUGUACUCCUGCGAAAGCUUUGUUUCGAAGAUGGUCCAGAAGAUUGAAGUAGAGGGUUUCGACGCCUUCGUGGAGGCCGUGGAAUCCUUUAAAGCCUCGGGGAAGCCGGUCUUCGUCCUGUUUUCAGGCUCAAAGGCAGCGGGCGGCGUGAGUUGGUGCCCCGACUGCGUGACAGCCGAACCCGUGGUCAAGGGCGCCGUCGACAAAGUAGCUCCUGAGGACGCCGUCUUCAUCUAUGUUGGCGUCGGAGGCAGGGACUUCUGGAAGGACCCCAACUGUGUCUUCCGCACAGACGCCAGAACCAAGUUAAAAAGCGUCCCCACCCUGAUGAAGUACGGGACGCCGCAGAGGCUGGAGGAGGAGCAGUGCGCUAAGGCCGAAAUGGUCGAGAUGCUCUUUGAAGAUGCUUAGCAAACAAUUGUACAUGGCUGCCCAACAUAGGAAGAUGUAUUACUGAUUCCUGAAAAACAACUUAUUGUUUUUAUAACAAAUGAUUUAUGAACAAACCAGCUUUGUGUUUAGUUUUAAUGUAUGAUUAGGGCAACAGGGGAUCCCCAUAAUUAUCUUCAACACAAAUGUUUCUUCUAUUUAGAUAUGUUCUUAAGAUGUGAUUUUCCAGUGACACUUCUUAGAAUGUUAACUAUAUGAUUUAACCAGUUACUUUUGAAUGGCAAUUACAUUUAAUGAUUACCUGUUUGUAGUGUCACCAACAAUUUUUUAAUGUUACACUCUGUCACCUAUGAUACAUGCUUGACUAAUAUUUAUAUCAGGAGAGAUAAGCAACAUAAUACUUGGUUGCUUUAAUUUUUUGUUGCAGAUGUAAGAUAUCUUUGCCAAUGGCCAAUGAAUUUUGUAUGAGUUUCGUAUUUGAAAAAAAAAAGUACGAUAGUAACUCUGUAUAUCUUCCACUUUGGAUAAUAAUAUUGAUAGAAAUUUAA